AUGGAGAAGCUGCGAGAGAGAAAGGCGAGACCCGUCCCGUCCUGGGCUGAUGUUGAUCCAAAUGCUUGCUGUCAAAGCAACAACACAGCACGGCAGGGGGUAGAUAAAAUUGCAACAGAGCGAGUUGCGCCAGCCGAAGUCGAAGCCCAAGCAGAUGUGAUGCUGGACUGGGAGUGGAAGAAAGAAAUUGGUCAGGAGGGCACAAUGACAUACGGGAGAGCGAGUGAGCGGGUGUUAAGUGGGCAAUUGGUCAAGAUGACGACCACGGCAUCUGAGUCUCGUUUGCUCUCUCGCUCUGCUUCUCUCUCUUUCUGUCUCCCUCACGAGACAAGCAGGCUGCUGAGGACGGACCCAGGACCAAAACCAGGACCAACUGGGUCCAGCUCUGGGGUCAAGUUGGAUCGGAGGCUCCUCGACACAGACCAAGGCAGGACUAGGUAA